AUGCGGGGUCGGUGGGGACGAUGGGCGGAGCCGAAGGCCCGGCUGCAAAGGAUCCAAUUCCGCAGCGGCGGCACCUCUUCCAGCAGUACCCGCAGCACCUCUACCGAGCGAACCAGCACGUCGGGGCGCUCGUCACGGGGUCCGGCAAGAGGCCGUCGUCCGAUGCCGCGGAGCCCCCGUUGGAGAUGCCGCCGCUCGGCUUGGGGCUGGUCGGGUGCGGGGAUGGUGGUGACGGUUCGGGUGACGGGUCGGGCGGCAUGGCCAUAGGCGGAGACUCGCUGUCGUCUACGCCGGAGUGCUCCUGGGACGCGGAGCUGGUGGGCGACUGCGGCAGGCUGCCGAUGGGGGACGUUGUGGUAGAGGUCUCUCGGAAAGAGUGUGACUUGGAAGGCCGUCCAAUCGCCAGGAUCGGAAACAGCCUGACCCCGAUCACGGCCUCCUCCACCGAUGUUCGCGAAAGCCUCAUCGAAUUUACGGGUCUCGAGAAAACUGGCCACGACCUCCGCGGCCUGUGCGUUACGGCGAUCUUCGGAGUGGAUGCGGUCCAUCAGAUCGCUUGCGUCACCAGCCCCAUCGAGGUCGGGCCCAGUGGGCGCGCGUGCUCGCGGGUGUUCUACCCGGGAAUGCAAGAGAUCUGGCCAGAGCUUUACAACACGUCUAACAUCCGCUUGGUGGAGGCGCGAGCGGGAGAUUCCGCUCUAGUCUGCUAG